AACACACAAACGCAAACCCUAGCAUUAACCCUCUCCCUCUCUGGUCGACGGCAACGUGUUCUGGACGAAGUUUUUCCUCUCCGUUCGUCGUCUUUCUUGAGUACGGUUGCCAUAGAACCUACCAUACCAUGAAUUCACAGGUUGCCAUUUUGGUGAGAGAUGGCCAACCAUCACGAGCACUGGCACCCACACCCGCACCUGCACCAACGGCAAGGGCACGGGCACCUGCACCAGCAUCUCCGCUUUCCAGCACUGCCAAGAUGCGGAUUUUAUUGUAUAUUUUUCUUUUGCAUCGCGUUGGCAUGAUUUAUGGAAUGAUGUGGAUCCGAAUUAAAUGGACGCCUGGAAACGAACAUCAAUCUUUUUUUGAAAAUAACCAAGCAUUUAAGAAGACCGGCAUUGUCGCAUUUUGGACCCUUGAAUUCAUAGCUACAAGCAUGGGCUUCUGCUUAAACGAGUUAAUGCCGGAUGGCAGUUACACCAUUUUGAAAUUUAUCGGUAGCUUCUCGGCGUUUCUUGCUAUAUUCUCGCUUACGAUGGAGUUAGUUCUCCCCGCCAAACUCACCUGGGUCGGGUAUUUGUUGGUGUGUGUGAUCUUUGGGAUCAUAGUUACAUGUUUAUGUUAUGAAGAUCAUGAACAAGAAAAGAUGUCAUCCCUGUUAACUUUCAAUAGCUUGGUACUUGUUCUUGUAACGAUCUUGGUUUUUGCGGCGCUUGUCAUCCCUCCAAAGCUCAAUCGGGUUGCGUAUACAGUCAUAUAUGUAUCCCUCGGGAUGGAAAUCGCAUAUCACUUUAUUACGUGCUUCAAGUUCGUUAUCGACAAGGCAAUACGACACUCUCGAAAUACUUACUAUCUUACAUAUUUGAUGCAAAUCCGAGGCUCACUCUUCUGAUGUUUCAUACCGCAUAUCGUUAUAUCGGUAGUCUUGUCUAGUUUCAUAGUUUAUUUCAGAACGAUUUGAUCAACAUAAAACUUACAAAUGAACGAUCUGUUUUCAUUCGUUUCUAUCUUGGUGAUUACAAAGGAAUGAUGCUUUGGAUUUGUG